CGCCGAGGCCGGCUGCUGGGCCGGGCGGGACCCGGUCGCCCGGCGCGGGAAGACUGGCGCGCGGCGGGGCCCGGCGCGGGGGACGUCGUUCCCGGGCGCCUUGUGGCGGGCGCGCUCGCCCCGUCCUCCAGCCGGGGAUUCCGGGUUCUCUGGGCUCCCAGGCGCCGCGGGGAGGAGGGCGAGGACCAGCUCCGUGAGGAUCGAGGUGAAGGCGGCGUCCCAGGGCCCUGCACACUUGGCUGGCGAGGCCCUGUCGUUGGCGGGGGUUCCCACUGAAGCCAGACCAGCCUCCUUGCCUGGUGCGGCGAUCCUCUGCCCUCGGUCCUCUGCCCUCCGUCCACCUGCCCUCUCCAGCAGGGGUCCCCUCUUACUUCUACAUGCUCCCCUCAGCCCAGAUGAGCUGCCUUUACCUGCGAUUCAGGCUCCCACCUGAUGCUCAGAACAGCUCCCAGAAGCUGCCUCCACUAGAGCCUUUGGGGCCACAUAGGCCUGAAUCCCAAUCAAGUCACAGGGGUUGGUGGAGUCUCUCUCUGGUGCAGACGCUCCGUUCCAGAGCCUUCGGUACAAGCUCGGACAGAUGAAAAGCUGUGUGUAAAGAACGAGCUUUCUGCAGAAGUGGAGAAUCCGGCCCGGCCUUCCACAGUAGCCCUUCCCGGCUUCCCGUGGCCCCUCCUCCUGGGAACAAAGGACGAUGGAAAAGCCCGUGGGUGGAAGGAAGGCCCAGACCCCAGAGGAGGAAGUGCAUUCACUGAAGGACACACCCAAAGGAGAGAAAGCGUCGUCUGGGGAGGAAAGGCCAAGCAAGAGGUCCACGUUGGCAAAAAAGCACGGCAAGGAACCCAGCCCGAGUCCUGAGGAUGAGGAACAUCUGUUUGAUGCCUUCGAUGCUUCGUUUAAAGAUGACUUCGAGGGGGUUCCCGUGUUCAUUCCUUUUCAGAGAAAGAAGCCCUAUGGGUGCAGCGAGUGUGGACGCAUCUUUAAGCAUAAGACAGACCACCUCCGCCACCAGCGGGUUCACACUGGAGAGAAGCCCUUCCAAUGUGAUAGGUGUGGGAAGCUGUUCAGGCACAGCUCUGACGUCACCAAGCACCAGAGAAUCCACACCGGAGAGAAGCCCUUUAAAUGCAGUGAAUGUGGGAAGGCCUUUAACUGCAGUUCGAAUCUCCUAAAACAUCAGAAAACGCACACUGGGGAGAAGCCGUACGAAUGCAAGGAAUGUGGGAAAGCCUUCGCCUACAGCUCCUGUCUCAUUCGCCAUCGGAAACGCCACCCGCGGAAGAAGCACUGA